UGUGAGUUGGAGAAGAAGCAGCAGGGAGAAGUGAGGGAAGAGGAACUGAAGAGAAGCUCUCUGUAGAGUUGUGCUGUUUAAAUUCAUCUCUUCAUCACACGGAUAUUUUGGAAAGAAGACUACCUUCACACACACACACACACACACACACACACACACACUAAGCCAUCAUGUCUGAGGCAGAGCGCUUUCUGUAUGGAGACCGCAGUGCGAUCACUGACCCCCUGGCUCAGGCCGAUUGGGCCUCCAAAAAGCUUGUCUGGGUUCCGUCCGAGAAACUGGGCUUCGAGUCGGGCUCAGUUAAAGAGGAGACCGGGGAUGAGUGCACCGUGGAACUCACCGACUCCGGGAAAAAGAUCAAAGUGAACAAAGAUGACAUCCAGAAGAUGAACCCGCCCAAAUUCAACAAGGUGGAGGACAUGGCUGAGCUCACCUGCCUCAACGAGGCGUCCGUCCUCCACAACCUUAAAGAGAGAUACUACUCUGGCCUCAUCUACACAUACUCUGGCCUGUUCUGUGUGGUCAUUAACCCGUAUAAACACCUGCCCAUCUACUCGGAGGAGAUCGUCGACAUGUACAAGGGAAAGAAGAGACACGAGAUGCCGCCACACAUCUACGCCAUUACAGACACUGCAUACCGGAGCAUGAUGCAGGAUCGUGAGGAUCAGUCUAUCCUAUGCACAGGCGAAUCCGGAGCUGGGAAAACCGAAAACACCAAGAAAGUUAUUCAGUAUCUGGCGUACGUCGCCUCGUCCACUAAAACCAAAAAAGAGCCGACCAGCAGCAGCAGUCUGUCACAUGGGGAGCUGGAGAAACAGCUGCUGCAGGCUAACCCCAUCCUGGAGGCGUUUGGUAACGCUAAGACGGUGAAAAAUGACAACUCGUCUCGUUUCGGGAAGUUCAUCAGGAUUAACUUUGAUGUUAACGGUUACAUCGUUGGAGCAAACAUCGAAACCUACCUUUUGGAGAAGUCUCGUGCGAUCAGACAGGCCAAAGAAGAACGAACCUUCCACAUCUUCUACUACCUGCUGUCAGGAGCUGGAGACAAACAGCGCUCUGAGUUGUGCCUGGAGGAUUAUGGGAAAUAUCGCUUCCUGUCCAAUGGGAAGGUGACAAUUCCAGGACAACAGGACAAAGAUCUUUACAGUGAGACUGUGGAUGCCUUCAGGAUCAUGAGCAUCCCUGAGGAUGAGCAGACAGGUUUGCUGAAGGUGGUGUCUGCAGUUCUUCAUUUGGGAAACAUUAUCUUUAAGAAGGAGCGUAACUCUGAUCAGGCCUCCAUGCCCGAUGACACGGCUGCACAGAAAGUUUGCCACCUGCUGGGCAUGAACGUGACGGACUUCGUGCGUGCCAUCCUCUCUCCCAGGAUCAAGGUGGGCCGUGAUUACGUGCAGAAAGCGCAGACGCAGGAACAGGCAGAGUUUGCAGUCGAAGCUUUAGCCAAAGCCACCUAUGAAAGAUUGUUCCGCUGGCUGGUGGCACGGAUUAAUAAAGCUCUAGACAAAACCAAGCGGCAGGGAGCCUCGUUCAUCGGCAUCUUGGACAUCGCCGGCUUCGAGAUCUUUGAGUUAAACUCGUUUGAGCAGCUGUGUAUUAAUUACACUAACGAGAAGCUGCAGCAGCUCUUCAACCACACCAUGUUCAUCCUGGAGCAGGAGGAGUAUCAGCGCGAGGGCAUCGAGUGGAGCUUCAUCGACUUCGGUCUCGACCUGCAGCCCUGCAUUGACCUCAUCGAGAGGCCUGCGAAUCCUCCAGGUGUUCUGGCUCUGCUGGAUGAGGAGUGUUGGUUUCCCAAAGCCACAGAUAAGACGUUCGUGGACAAGCUGGUGCAGGAGCAGGGGAACCAUCCCAAAUUCCAGAAACCAAAGAAGCUCAAAGAUGAUGCUGACUUCUGCAUCAUACACUAUGCUGGCAAGGUGGAUUAUAAAGCAGUGGAGUGGUUGAUGAAGAACAUGGAUCCUCUGAACGAUAACGUAACGAUGUUGCUCAAUCAGUCUUCAGACAAAUUCGUAUCUGAACUCUGGAAAGAUGUGGACAGAAUUGUGGGUCUGGAUAAAGUAGCAGGAAUGGCCGAGUCUGCACACGGGGCAUUUAAAACUCGUAAAGGAAUGUUCCGGACAGUGGGACAGCUUUACAAAGAGCAGCUCGCCAAUCUCAUGACCACGCUGAGGAACACCAACCCCAACUUCGUCCGCUGCAUCAUCCCUAACCAUGAGAAGAAGGCGGGUAAACUGGAACCUCACCUGGUUCUGGAGCAGCUCAGGUGUAACGGUGUGUUGGAGGGAAUCAGGAUCUGCAGACAAGGCUUCCCCAACCGCAUCAUCUUCCAGGAGUUCAGACAGAGAUACGAGCUGCUAACUCCGAACGCGAUCCCUAAAGGCUUCAUGGAUGGUAAACAGGCCUGUGUGCUGAUGGUUAAAGCUCUGGAGUUGGACUCUAAUCUGUAUCGGAUCGGACAAAGUAAAGUGUUUUUCCGUGCUGGAGUUCUGGCUCACCUGGAGGAGGAGCGUGACAUCAAAAUCACGGAUGUCAUCCUCAAAUUCCAGGCCUGGUGUCGUGGCUACGUUGCCCGCAAGGCAUUUGCUAAGCGUCAGCAGCAGCUCACAGCAAUGCGAGUGAUCCAGAGGAACUGUGCUGCUUAUCUGAAACUCAGGAACUGGCAGUGGUGGAGACUCUUCACCAAGGUGAAGCCUCUGCUCCAGGUAACCCGUCAGGAGGAGGAGAUGCAGGCGAAAGAGGAGGAACUGGAGAAAGUGAAGGAGAGACAGCAGCAGUUUGAACUACAGUUACAAGAGUAUGAGACCAAACAGCAGCAGCUGAACAUGGAGAAGCAGACUCUUCAGGAGCAGCUGCAGGCGGAGAUGGACCUGUGUGCCGAGGCGGAGGAGAUGAGAUCUCGCCUGGUGGCUCGGCAGCAGGAGCUGGAGGAGAUAAUGCACGACCUGGAGAACCGUGUGGAGGAGGAGGAGGAACGUGCCACUCACCUACAGAACGAGAAGAAGAAGAUGCAGCAGAACAUUGCGGAUUUGGAGCAGCAGCUGGACGAGGAGGAAGCAGCACGGCAGAAACUGCAGCUGGAGAAGGUGACCACAGACGCCAAGCUGAAGAAGCUGGAGGAGGACAUCAUGGUGCUGGACGACCAGAACGCCAAACUCAACAAGGAGAAGAAGCAGCUGGAGGACAGGAUCGCAGAGUUCAGCUCGAACCUUGCUGAGGAGGAGGAGAAAUCUAAGAGUUUACAGAAACUCAAAAACAAACAUGAGGCCAUGAUCACAGACCUGGAGGAGCGACUGAAGAAGGAAGAAAAGACUCGACAGGAACUGGAGAAGAACCGAAGGAAGUUGGAAAGUGACUCCACAGAGCUCACUGAUCACCUCGCUGAUCUUCAGGCUCAGAUUGCAGAACUUCGAGCACAACUUGCCAAAAAAGAGGAGGAGCUUCAGGCUGCACUGGCCAGGAUCGAGCAGGAAACGUCCCUGAAAAACGCAGCACAGAAACGAGUGAGGGAACUGGAGGCUCAGGUCAUAGAACUGCAGGAGGAUCUGGAACUGGAGAAAGCGGCGAGAAAUAAAGCUGAAAAACAGAGACGGGAUCUUGGCGAGGAACUGGAGGCACUGAAGAGCGAACUGGAGGAUACGCUGGACUCCACCGCGGCUCAGCAGGAGCUCAGAGCUAAACGUGAAUCGGAGGUGGCUCAGUUGAAGAAAACUCUGGAGGAUGAAGCUCAGAGUCACGAGCAGCUCCUCACUGAAAUGCGGCAAAAACACACACAGGCUUUUGAAGAGCUUAAUGAACAACUGGAACAGGCCAAGAGGAACAAGGCGCUGGUGGAGAAAGCUAAACACACUCUGGAGAGUGAGCGCAGUGAGCUGCAGAUCGAGCUGCAGUCCGUCACUCAGAGUAAGAACGAUUCUGAACAUCGCAGGAAAAAAGCAGAAGCUCAGCUGCAGGAAAUCCAACUGAAACACAACGAGAGCGAGAAGCAGAAGAAGGACAUGGCAGAAAAAAUGAGCAAAAUGCAGUUGGAGUUGGAGAGUUUGAGCAGCACUCUGUCUGAAGUGGAGAGUAAAUGCAUCAAAGCAGCUAAAGACAGUUCAUCUGUGGAGUCUCAACUUCAGGAUACACAGGGUUUGCUGCAGGAGGAGACGCGUCAGAAACUGGCUCUGAGCUCCCGGCUGCGUCAAUUGGAGGAUGAACAGAACCGACUGAAGGAACUUCUGGAGGAGGAAGAGGAGGGAAAGAAGAGUGUGGAGAAACAGCUUCACUCCUCUCAGGCACAGUUAUCCGAGUUGAGGAAGAAGAUGGAACAGGAAGCGAUGAAUCUGGAGACUUCAGAAGAAGGGAAGAGGAAGCUGCAGAGAGAGAUGGAGAACCUGAACCAGCGUCUGGAGGAGAAGUCCUCGGCCUAUGACAAGCUGGAGAAGACGAAGGUGCGUCUACAGCAGGAGCUUGAUGACCUGUUGGUGGGUCAGGAUCACCUGCGGCAGAUCGUCCAGGAGCUCGAGAGGAAGCAGAAAAAGUUUGACCAGAUGCUAGCCGAGGAGAAGAGUAUUUCUGCUCGUUACAGUGAGGAGCGAGACCGAGCCGAAGCUGAAGCUCGUGAGAAGGAGACGAAGACUCUGACUCUGACACGGCAGCUGGAGGCUCUACAGGAGCAGCGUAACGAACUGGAACGAGCCAAUAAACUCCUCAAAACUGAGAUGGAGGACCUCGUGUCUUCUAAAGAUGACGUCGGCAAAAGUGUCCAUGAGCUGGAGCGUGCUAAGCGAGCGAUGGAGCAGCAGUUGGAGGAGAUGAAGCUGCAGGUCGAGGAGAUGGAGGACGAGCUGCAGCUGACCGAAGACGCAAAGCUACGCUUGGAGGUGAACCUGCAGGCCCUGAAGGCACAGUUCGAGCGAGACCUGCAGGGACGAGAUGAGCUCGGGGAGGAGAAGAGGAAACAGCUGAUGAAGCAGGUGCAUGAGAUGGAAUUGGAGCUGGAGGAUGAGAGGAAGCAGAGAACUCUGGCUAUAGCUGCGAGGAAGAAGCUGGAGCUCGACCUGUCUGACCUGGAGGCACAAAUUGACCAGGCCGUUAAAGCUCGAGAUGAAGCACUGAGACAGCUAAAGAAACUACAGGCCCAGAUAAAGGAUCAGUUGCGGGAUGUGGAUGAACUCAGAGCGGCGAGAGAUGCAGCACUGAACAGUGCCAAAGAGAAUGAGCGCAAACUCAAGAGUCUGGAGGCUGAAAACAUGCAGUUACAUGAGGAUCUCUCUGCAGCUGACCGCAGUAAGAAGCAGAUCCAGCAGGAGAGAGAUGAUCUUCAUGAUGAAGUGACCAGCUAUAACUCAAAGAUGUCUGCACUGAAUGAAGAGAAGCGGAGGUUGGAGGCUCGUAUUGCUCAGCUGGAGGAGGAGCUCGAUGAGGAACAGUGCAGCAUUGAACUUGUGAAUGACCAACUGAAGAAAGCAAAUGCACAAGUGGACACUCUUGGCACAGAGCUAGCAGGUGAGCGUAGCGCGGCUCAGAAGAGCGAGACGGCUCGACAGCAGCUGGAGAGACAGAAUAAGGACCUGAAGGCCAAACUGCAGGAGCUUGAAGGCUCGGUCAAAUCCAAGUUCAAGUCCACUAUCGCUGCUCUGGAGGCCAAAAUCCUGCAGCUGGAGGAACAGCUGGAGCAGGAGGCCAAGGAUAAACAGCAGAACACCAAGUUAGUGCGGCGUACAGAGAAGAGACUGAAGGAGGUUCUGCUGCAGGUGGAGGAAGAGAGACGCAACAGUGAUCAGUUUAAGGACCAGAUGGAGAAGGCUAACACACGCAUGAAGCAGCUGAAGCGUCAGUUGGAGGAAGCAGAGGAAGAAGCGACGCGUGCUAACGCCUCCCGCAGGAAGUUGCAGAGAGAGCUGGAGGACGCCACUGAGGCCAGCGACGCCAUGAACCGUGAGGUCAACACACUGAAGAGCAAACUCCGGCGCGGUGGUGACUUCACCCUCAACGUGCGGCGUGCGGUCCGUGGCGGACUGGACAGUGAGGAGGACGUGGACAUGGCCAGCGAGACGUCGGAGACCACACCCGAGUAACACCUGCAGCCAAAAGCCAAUCAGUCAUCUUUACUCCACGCUUUCCUCAGAGCCGUAACGUCUGUAGCUCGUUCUGUUAGCCGUGUUAGAGGUGGCUCUGUAACUCUGGGUCAAAUAUCCUGUAAUUUACUCUGAGAUUAAAUAGUUAUCAUGUGAUGGGACAGAGUCCACCUUUAGCUUUAAAGCUCUUUAAGGUCAAUAAUGAUUCCAGUGUUUAUCUGCAUUAUGAUUGUUAUUCAUAUUCCCGGUGUUAUCCGUGUGUCGAUGUGAGACCGGAACAAACGGGAGAAUCACUUUACUCACCAUCACAGUGUUUUAGUUAUUAACAAAUAUAUAAUUAUCUAAUGAUAAUGCACGUUAACCCUGCACGUUAAACUGGUUAGACUGGGGUAAACUACACUGGGUUCAGGUUCAGCGGGUUGCCAGAUUAGUCUAACUCUCACAGUUCUGUAUUGAAUACCAAACACAUGAAUCUCUUUAAGAGUAAAACACUUUAUUCAUGAUUAUUAGCCUUUUUUUCUUUCUUUCUUUUGUACAAUUCUUGUUUUAGGAACGUUGUGAUUUAAAGGCUUUCACUUCUCCUGUAACCAUGUGUGGUGGUUUUUGUUUUUUUUUCUCUAUUGGUUUUGUAUCUCGACUCUGUAUGAAUAGCUACUUUAUGCUCCUCUCUCUCUCUCCAUACCUGAGGCCGGCUCCGGAGCUCUGUCCUCAUCAGGUCCCUCUGAUGGUUUUCUCAGUGCAGUGUGAUGUUUUUAACAGCACUUCAUUUUGUACCUUUUGCAUCAUUUUGCAUUUUUAUAUCAAAGCAAAAUUAUUAAAGAUUCAGCCAAAUGAA